AUGCUGAGAAAUUCUGCGGAGCCGAUAUGGACGAGAGAAGUACCUGGACAGGAAGAUGGAGUUUCUAGAAAUCCAUGGGGUUUUUAUUCGUUUAAUUUGGUUUGGGACGCAGGUCUUGGUAGAAAAUUGAUGGUUCAUGGCGGAAAGGCAGAGAGUAUGAGUGUGAAAGGUUGA